AUGUCUGACACCUCACCUCUCAACCACACCGCCGGCUUCGGCCUGCGCGAAGGGAAGGGCUACCUCCUUGACUCCGGCCAUGCAGGAAGCCAACGACUGAACUACCAAUACCUCAUCUGGAAACAGUGCCUUGGCUACAGCCUGCACCCCACCAUCCGAGACGCAGUUGGAGACCACCCGCGCAUUGCCGACAUUACUGCGGGAACAGGCCUCUGGCUUCUCGACACAGCACACGAGUUCCCCAACGCCAUCCUCGACGGAAUCGACAUCAAUCUCGCCCGUCUUCCACCAGCCGCCUGGCGCCCCAGCAACAUCCACCGCCUCUACAACUGGAAUAUCUUCGACAAGGUCCCGACCGAGCUCGAGGAGCGGUAUGACGUAAUUCACCUGCGUCUUCUCCUUCUUACCAUCUCAAACAGAGACCCGGGGCCCGUGAUCAAGAAUGUAAUUAAGCUACUUAAGCCCGGGGGCUGGAUCCAGUGGGACGAUCUGAGCACCACACACACGUAUGUUGAAAAGUCUGAUGAGAAGCUUAACACGGCGGCACUCGACAAGAUCAGGGAGUUUGUGCACUCGAAAGGCCGCCAUGAUUGGGUGUUUGAUCUCCCCUUGCAUCUGCUCAAACAUGGGUUUGAGGAGAGUCAGUUGACAUUUUAUCAUGGACGGCCGGACUUGAUUUGCCAUGAUACGGAGAUUCAUUUGAUGACUAUCAAGGAGUUUAAUGGGCAGAUGAAGGCUGAUGGGAGGGAGGAGGAGGCGAGACAUCUUGAUGAGCUUAUUGAAGAGGCAUAUGCAGAGGCUCAGCGUGGUGCUGGGGUUACGACUCCGAGAAUUGUGUGCGUUGCGAGGAAGAGACCGGUUCCGUAUGCUGUGCGCGAGGCGCUUUCUUUUUCUUGA